AUGUUCCCUGACAUCGCCUCGUUUGAGCGCUCUGCUGACUUAAUUGCUCACCUCCGCUCGCUUGAUUCUAGCUACCGCCCUGCUUGCACUGAGGCACAGCUUGCACUGCUCCCUCCCCCCAUGGCGAUUAAUAUCUACUUCAUCGCCACUAGCCUCCCUGACCGCCUUGCCUCAGUCCGUGACACGCUUCUUCUGAAGCACCCUAGUGAGCUCACUAUCGAGGUCCUUGAGUCUGCGCUCAAGGACGUCGAGAGCAACCUCCGCUCCGUAGCCUCCGCCUCUGGUGUUGUGUCCCCUCCACUGUUCCACGGGUGCACUGUCCCUCAGCUGCCCAGCUUUACAGCCUCUCUCGCCACUGCUGCUAAUGACGUGACCGCAGCUGCUGUUACGACUUCUUCGCGGUCUCGAGAUAGAGGUGGCAAGAGGGGCGAUCAGGGUACAGGUGGCGGUGGCGGUGGAGGCAGUGGAGGCGUUGGCGGCGGAGGUGGUGGGGGUGGCGUGCCAACUGGUGGCGGCGGGAGUGCAAGACCAGGAGAGGCGUCGCGUGCAGCGGCCGGUGACUCCGCUACUGCAGCCGGUGGAGGCGACGCCCGGGCUCGUCAGCCACCUUCUGGUCUGCCGGCCGUGGCGAUCACUGCUCGCUACACUAAUACUCUUCCUUGCCCUGCUGUUCCCUCUGGGUCUCUGACUGGCUUCCACGUCCCCUCGUUCUCGAGAAACUUGGUGGGCGUGAGGCCUCUUGUGAGUCAGCACGUGGGUGUGUGGAUUGAGCCCUCUGGUGAGACGGCGGUUGCUGCAUCCUCCCAGGUAGCUGUGUCUGGACCAGUUGCUGCGUCGUGCUCCUGCCGGUCGCUUGCACACCCCACCGUUCUGUGGCACCACCGGACGGGGCACCCGUCCCUCCCUCGUCUGCGCGCUAUGUCUCGUCAGCGUCUUGUCUUAGGCCUCCCGCGUGUCUUGCCGUCGCUACCGCCUUCGCUUGCACCGCCGUGCGGUCCCUGCGUCGAGGGUCGGCUGCGCGCCACCCCUCACUCCUCCUCCCUUCGUCCGGCCACCAAGCCUUUUGAGACGCUCCACUUGGACGUCUGGGGCCCCGCCCCUCGCCUUGGCCCUGAGCACGAGCGUUUCUUUUUUGUGGUCGUUGACGACUACUCCCGCUAA